ACUACACACGCUUACCCGAGUAAUUAUGAGAACUCUCCUCGGUAAUAAUAGCAUCUAUGAAUCUCGUACCAUUUACUUCACUGGUCAACUUUGCGUUGCCAUACCUAAAUCUAGAGAGAGAAAGGAGCGCAGAGGAUACAGCAGGUUGUGUAGAGGGAGAAGCAAAGACCAGGGCAGAGAAAGGAGAGAGAGACAGAGACAGCACAUGCACAAUCCCAGCAAAUCUCAGUUUAAUUGAAAGAUACAUAUACAGAGGGAGGGGAAUGUGAAAGCCUUUGAACUAGAGAGUAGAGAGAGAAGGAGACUAAAAUCUGGUGCCUGCAAAAGCCCAUGAGAAACCAAUCCACUGCAAAACAGACACACACGCGCAACUCUUCAACUUAUUUCAUGCCUAGAGAGAGAAAUGAGAUGGAGAGAGAGUGCGCGUGUUGCUGGGUGCUGUAGUGUGUAAAAGGGGGCAAAAAAAAGCAUAACUGCAGCAUUUGGUCUCCUGCAAUCCUCAACAUCUCCUCCUACUCCAAAGCUUCUCUUGUCUCCCAACAUUCACUCUCUCUCUCUCGUUACCGCCUUGUCGCCGGAAAAUAUUCCCUCCGGCGCCGCCGUCAAACCAAACCCCAAUCAUUUUCUGAAUCGAAAAGACAAUCCGCUUUUAUUUGAGCUGGAGAAAGAUGAGACCUAGUGAGAAACCCCAGCUAUUUGUUUGAGCUGGAGGAAGAAGGACAAAUGAAGGCACCAAACUCCGGCAGCGGAGCUCCGCCGUCGAACGUCUCCGCCGCUGAAGGUGAGAAGAAGAGUAUAAAUUGUGAGCUAUGGCAAGCCUGCGCCGGACCACUAGCAAACCUGCCGGCGGCUGGGACCCACGUCGUCUACUUUCCUCAAGGCCACAGCGAACAGGUUGCUGCUUCCAUGAAAAAGGAUGCCAAUGCACAAAUCCCUAACUACCCAAAUCUUCCCUCGAAACUAAUAUGCCUUCUUCACAGUGUCACAUUGCAUGCUGAUCCAGAAACAGAUGAAGUAUACGCGCAAAUGACACUGCAGCCGGUGCCAACAUUUGAUCAGGAUUCUCUAUUGAGAUCAGAUCUAUCCAUGAAAGUGAAUAAGCCACAGACUGAAUUCUUCUGUAAAACCUUGACAGCAAGUGAUACUAGCACACAUGGUGGUUUUUCUGUGCCUCGACGUGCUGCAGAAAAGAUUUUCCCUUCUCUGGACUUUUCAAUGCAACCACCUGCACAAGAGAUUGUUGCCAGGGAUCUUCAUGAUACUGUGUGGACAUUUCGUCAUAUUUUCCGGGGACAACCAAAGCGUCACUUGCUUACGAGUGGAUGGAGCCUUUUUGUUAGUGGAAAGAGGUUGAUUGCAGGUGACUCGGUCUUGUUUAUCAGGGAUGAAAAGCAGCAGCUUCUCUUGGGAAUAAGACGGGCUAACAGGCAACCGACUAACUUGUCCUCAUCAGUGUUGUCGAGUGACAGCAUGCACAUCGGAGUUCUAGCUGCAGCCGCCCAUGCUGCUGCAAACAGUAGCCCUUUCACUGUGUUCUACAAUCCGAGGUCUAGUCCAUCAGAGUUUGUCAUCCCUCUAGCUAAGUACUACAAAGCUGCUUGCAGUAAUCAGAUAUCCCUUGGCAUGCGCUUCCGGAUGAUGUUUGAAACAGACGAAUCAGGGACAAGAAGAUAUAUGGGUACAAUAACAGGAAUCGGUGACUUGGAUCCUGUGAGAUGGAAGAACUCACAGUGGCGCAACUUACAGGUUGGUUGGGACGAGUCCACUGCUGGUGAAAGACGUAAUCGCGUCUCCUUAUGGGAAAUUGAACCUAUUACAGCUCCAUUUUUCAUCUGUCCUACGCCUCCUUUCCUCCGCCCAAAGCGCCCUAGGCAGCCAGGAAUGCCAGAUGAAGACUCGUCUGAUUUCGACAGUCUAUUUAGGAGGUCAAUGCCAUGGCCAGGUGAUGAGUUUGGCUUAAAAGAUUCCCAAGCUUUGCCUGGUUUGAGCUUAGUCCAGUGGAUGAACAUGCAGCAAAAUUCCUCUCUGGCUAAUCCAAUGCAGUCGAACUACAUUAAUCAUUUACCUGGUUCUGUUCUGCAAAAUUUUGCUGGCUCAGAUAUUUCACGUCAACUAGGUCUGCCCACGACUCAGGUUCCCCAUCAGCACAACCUGCAGUACAGUGCACAGAGGCCGACCGAGUCAGUCCAACAAGACCAGCUCAAAAAGCUUCCGUCCACUUCAAAUAAUAUGAGCUCGACUAUACAGCCACAACAGCAGCUGACUGACAUUACUCAUCCACCGAGACAAAGUUUGGGUAGUCAAACUUUCCCAGCAAGCCAAGUCCAGUCCCAGAAUCCCAUUGAAGCUCAGAAUGUUCUGCAACAUCAACAAUCACUUCUCAAUCAUCAGCUUCAGAGAAAUCUCCCUCAAAAUCUACCUCAGCAGCAGCAACAACAACAACAGCAACAGCAACAGCAACAGCAACAGCAGAUUCUGAUUCAUGCUCAACAGCAAAAUCCUGAUCAUACAAGCCAGCAGCAGCACAUGUCAGAUAACCAAGUGCAGCUUCAACUUCUACAAAAGCUCCAUCAGCAACAGCAAUCGCUCUUAGCGCAACAGUCUGGAUUGCAGCAUUCUUCCCAUUUGACACAAUUCCAAGACCAGCAGAAGCAGCUUAUGGAAACCACCCCACCCAACUUGUCGAGGUCUAUGACAACAAACCAAAUGUCGGAUUCCUCUCAAGCAACAGCAUCCGGUAUACAUCCUCAGUCCCAUGCUACUACAGGUCAAAAGAUGGUUAGUAAUACCCAAUUUAAUCUACGCUGCACUCAGCAACCUAAACUUCAGCAACAGCAGCAGCAAUCUGGAACCCUAUCAGAUUUUCCUGGACAAGCCGGAGGUACCUUAAAACCAACAACCAAUCAGCUUUCUGCUAGAAGCAAUGGUUUAUUGACUGCAGCAGCAGGUGGGUUCCAGGCUGGAGUUACUGAUGAUGUUUCAUCUUGUUCAACUUCACUAUCCACAAACAACUGUCGUACCACAGUUCAGUCUGUAAUCAAUGCCAGAAACCACCAUGCCACAACAUUAGGGGAUGAAAUUGCUCAAUCUUCUGCCUCUCUUUUAAAUCCAAGUGGUCUAGAGCAGAUGUCUUCUAACAGUCACAUAGUUAAAGAUUUACAUCAGAAGUCUACCGUUAAGCCCUCAUUGAAUGUGUCCAAAAAUCAGAACCAUGGAUUUAUUGCAUCACAGACAUUCAAUGAUGCUGCUGGAACUCAGAUAGAUUAUUUGGAUAGCUCUUCUUCAGUCACCUCAGUUUUUUCUCAGAAUGAAGGUCAGAUGCCCCAAAGCAACUCCAUAACUUUCAAUUCUCAGUCAGUGUUUUUUAGAGAUGCUAGCCAAGAUGGAGAAGUUCUCGGUGAUCCAAGGAGCAAUGUACCAUUUGGGACUCAUAUUGACAAUGACAGUCAGUUGGAUAUGCCCUUGAUGCCUCAUCCAUUGGUUACAAAAGACAUGGUAGGAUCGGGUAGAGACUUUACAAAUAAUCUCUCUUCUGGAGGAGGCGUUCUUUCCACCUAUGAGAACCCCAAAGAUACUCAACCUGAACUCUCUUCAUCAAUGGUGUCUCAGUCAUUUGGGGUGCCGGAUGUGGCAUUCAACUCCAUUGAUCCCACUGUAAAUGAUGGUAGCUUUGUGAAUAGAGGCUCUUGGGCUGCACCACAGAUUCCUAGAAUGCGGACAUAUACAAAGGUAUACAAGCGAGGAGCUGUCGGAAGGUCUAUUGAUAUUUCACAUUACUCAGGUUAUGAUGAGCUCAAGCAAGACCUAGCUCGUAGGUUUGGUAUAGAGGGACAACUGGAAGACCGGCAGAGAAUUGGAUGGAAACUAGUCUAUGUAGAUCAUGAGAAUGAUGUCUUGCUAGUUGGUGAUGAUCCUUGGGAGGAAUUCGUGAGUUGUGUACGUUGCAUCAAGAUUCUUUCUCCUCAGGAGGUCCAACAAAUGAGCUUGGAUGGAGAUUUUGGUGACAAUGUUCUUCCAAAUCAAGCUUGCAGCAGCUCCGACAAUGGUGUGAACUAGUUGAACUAAGGUUAUACUCUUUGUUCGAUGCUGUUAGGUUACUAGUUCCAUGAUGCAGGACUUCAUUUAUCAUGCACUUUUAAAAGCUCGCAUCAUACACUCUUUAUUUGUUGUUGCCACUUGCAUUCUUGAAUAGAAUAAGCAGUAUUAGAAGAUAAAUAGAUGGAGAAGUUGAUUCAUUGGAUGAGAGAUAUCCUUGACCUCUGAACAAUGACUAAGGUUUCCUGUGGAAAGUAGGCCGGUGGGCGAAGCAUCUUUUGUCUAGACUUUUAUGAAAAGUGGUGCUGUGCCUUGUGGUUGUAGGACAGUUUAUCAAAGCCAUAAACAAAUCAAGCUGCUGGGGAUAUCUAUUGUUAGUUAUAAGAAUGCUUUUUUCCCUUGGUUUCAUUUGUCUAUUUCACGUGUAAAGAUUGAUUCCUACCUAGUUGGUAUAUAGGAAGUGAGAGUGCUGGGGUAUCUAUUGUUAGCUAUACUAAUGCUUUUCCACGGAUGUAUAGUUUCCAAUUGUAAAUAAAAUUCAGAUGCCACAUCAGUCUUAGUGAAGCUGAUAAACCUUUUUUUUUUUUUUUGAGCGAGUGAAGCUGAUAAACCUUGACAGUUGAUAUGAAUGUUCCAAUUUUAUGUUUUGGGCUA